CAAAGAUCAACAAUAGCGAGUUCCACAGUUAGCUAACCGUGGCAGAAAAAUCUGCGUCAACCACCACCUUGCGCCAAACUCGAACAUUCUCUCUCUUCCUUCAAAAUCGUAUAAUUUUCAAAACCCUAGAGUCGAGGGAUUGCAACCACAAUAGAGAGAUGAUGAUGCAGCCUCCCGGUGUCUUCUCCGACGUAUCGGUGAUUCUUCCGUUCACCUGUGGUUAUAGGUCACCGGAAGUCAGGAAUUUCCACAUAUUCUCCGAUUCCAAGCCCCUCUUUCCUUCCGGAUUCUUCAGAGUAAGCUGUCCUUCAUUUUCUGUUCGGAAUCUAGGAAUCGGAUCAGAUAAGUAUCGAGCAAGAAGCUUAAUGGUGAGAGCAGCAGGAACUUCGGAUGGUGAAUUAGUUCCAGUUGCUCCUCUUGAGUUUGAGUCCCCAGUUGGGCAGCUGUUAGUGCAGAUACUGCAAAACCAUCCACACCUGCUCCCUGCUGCCAUUGAUCAGCAACUUGAGAACCUUCAGAAUGAUAGAGAUGCCCAAGGAGAAGAAACUCCAUCUUCAUCCCAAGAUCUCCUGUAUAAGAGAAUUGCUGAAGUGAAACAGAAGGAAAGGCGAAAGGCGUUAGAAGAGAUAAUAUACUGCUUGGUUGUACAGAAAUUUGUAGACAACGACAUUUCAUUGAUCCCAAAGAUAUCACCAAGCUCAGAUCCUACUGGAAGGGUUGACAUUUGGCCGAAUCAGGAACAGAAACUAGUAUCUGUUCAUUCUACUGAAGCAUUGGAAAUGAUACAGAGCCACUUAACCCUUGUUCUUGGGGAGCGGGUAGUUGGACCCCUGGACACCAUUGUUCAAAUCAGCAAAAUAAAACUCGGAAAGCUGUACGCUGCUUCAAUUAUGUAUGGAUAUUUCCUUAAAAGAGUUGAUGAGAGAUAUCAACUUGAGAGAUCCAUGAACAUCCUUCCUGAGGGAUUCAAAGAAGAUCGGGUAAGUUUUAAAGAGCCAGCACCAGAAAAGCAGCUUUGGGACCCAGAUUCAUUAAUAAGGGUCCUGCCUGAUGAUGCUGAUGGGGGAGGUUUAAUGGAUUCUGGAGAGGAAAAAUCAUAUAGGCUGAGAUCAUAUGUUAUGUACUUGGAUGCUGAGACACUUCAAAGAUAUGCGACCAUAAGAUCUAAAGAAGCAAUUUCUUUGAUUGAGAAGCAGACACAAGCAUUGUGUGGAAGGCCUGAUAUUAGGAUUGCAGGAAAUGGUUCCCUCGAGGCAUCUAAUGAUGAAGUGGUUGCUGUUACAUUCUCCGGAUUGACAAUGCUGGUAUUGGAGGCAGUUGCCUUUGGAUCAUUUUUAUGGGAUGCAGAAGGCUAUGUUGAAUCCAAGUAUCACUUCUUCAAAAUCUAGAGGUAGUGCUUCUUUUUGUUCUGCUUUCUUUUGUUUUAUCUUCCUAUUCAUAUAAAUGAAUAAUGCCCUUUUGUAGCUUUGUAACCUGUACUGAUAAGGAAACCCGCUAGUCGGCAUCUUGUUAUGUAAAGCAGUAACUCGUUUAUCCAACACUUUUUACAUGCAUAGAGUACAUUCAAACUGGAAAUCAAACUUUGUCGACAUUUCAUGCCUCCCCCAUUAGAAGGCCUUUUAUUU